GCCCCUACGUGGGCUGCUUCGCCGAGGGCGACCAGGACCGGGCUCUGAAGGGGGAGGUGUUUUACGACCUGAGGAAGAUGACGGUGGCCGGCUGCCAGGAAGCCUGUGCUGAGUGGACCUACGUCUUCGCGGGCCUCCAGGACGGCACCGAGUGUUACUGCGGCAACAGGCUGCCCCAGAGGAGCUGCCGCGCGCAGGAGUGCAACCGCGAGUGCCGCGGGGAGAAGGGCUCCGUCUGCGGGGGGCCCGGCCGGCUCUCCGUCUACCACGUCGGGGGCCUCGUGCUCCGCUCCUCCAAACGUAAAAGGGCCGGCCAGGGCGAGGGGACCCGGAGGCCUCCAAGUGCCCGGGCGGCGGCAGGCACUGCGGAGUUCCGGAG